GACCGGUGCUCCCUCCUUCACACAAAACACUCUCUGGUCUGCUGGUUAUUUUAGCACCUCAAAAUUUCAACUCAUACAGAGAGAUAGAGAAGAGACUAAAAUUAUAGCAAUUGAAUUGAAUUGAUGUGAAGACUUGUUGACUAUUGAUAGAUCAACGGCUGCAAGGGUGCAAGGGAUGAGGAGUUUAAUUAGAGUAGCCUCUGCUUCAGAAUAGAGAAAGGAUUUUCAUUUCAAAAUUUAAAUUGACAGUUCUUCCCUAUCAAGCCAUUAUUCUCUGGUUUCCAGCAUGGGCGUCUCAGGAAAAUGGAUUAGGGCAUUGGUUGGUUUUAAAAAGUCAGAAAAGUCACCAUCUUCGGAAAUGGAUGAAAAUAGGGCAGCAACUAGCAAGUUUCAGCAUUGUAGAAGGCACUCAGUGGAGAUUGAUACUGAUAAUCUUCAAGAUGAAUCUGAUCAGAAUGCUGCUCCACAAGUUGGAGAUGCUGGUACAAAUGCAAUUGCAGGGCCUGCUGGCUCUCCUUCAGAUUCACUGCAAGUACAAAAUAUAGUUCACGAUCAACAAAACUUGAGAGAAGUAUGGGCUGCAACACGCAUCCAUACAGCAUUUCGUGGAUUUCUGGCUAAAAGAGCUUUGCGAGCAUUGAAAGGGUUAGUGAGACUUCAAGCCCUUGUCAGAGGUCAUGCAGUGAGAAAACAAGCUGCAAUAACUCUUCGCUGCAUGCAAGCUUUAGUAAGAGUUCAGGCCCGUGUCCGGGCAAGGCGUGUUCGAUUGGCAUUGGAAAGUCAAACAGCACAACAGAAACUUCAGCAACAACUUGCAAAUGAGGCUUGUGUUCGAGAAAUAGAGGGAGGAUGGUGUGACAGUGUAGGUUCAGUUGAACAAAUUCAAGCCAAGUUGCUCAAGAGGCAGGAGGCUGCUGCUAAGCGAGAGAGAGCCAUGGCUUAUGCUCUUGCUCAUCAGUGGCAGGCAGGAUCAAGACAGCAGUCUGCUCCUUCUGGAUUUGAACCAGAUGGAAGCAGCUGGGGAUGGAACUGGUUGGAGAGAUGGAUGGCUGUCCGUCCUUGGGAAAACCGCUUUCUUGACAUGAAUCUUAAAGAUGGAGUAAUGAUAUGUGAGAAUGAGUCAGCUGAGACUAACAAUGGCUCCAAAUCUCAGAUAAAAUCUUCUGGCAAGAAACCACUUUCAUCAAAUCUUCACUCCAACCUGUCAAGUCAGAAAACAGGUCCAUCUCAGUCUGAUGGGAGUAGUUCUUCCCCUGGUAUUUCACAAAGCAUGCUUGAGGCAUCCACUGCACAGAUUGCCAAGCCUAAGUCCAAACCACCUCUUGAAGAUCUAAUUGUAGAAGGCAACUCAAGGCCUGCUGGCAUUGGUGCCAGAUCCCAUAGCAAUCCAAAAGAGAGAUCAACACAAUCAGAUAAACCAGGAAAGAAGCGCUUGUCUCUUCCUAACAAUGCCAGGGCUCAUGGGACUCAGGUAACCAGGGUUGGAGGAACCUGCUGCUAAAGUGACACCGGGCUCGCAUAAACCCAUCAAUAAUAAAUCCAAGAUUAAUGGAAAAGGGGAUUCAAAACCUACCAGAUCUAUUCCAGUUUCUGUUG